AUGGUUCAGAUAAACGAAAUGAAUGACGUCCAGCCUUCCAGUCAAAGCAGGACCGCUGCCCACACACACAUCAAGGGUUUGGGGUUGGAUGAACAUGGAAUCGCUAAGAAAGUUGAAGGUGGAUUUGUGGGCCAGGCAGAUGCUAGAGAAGCCUGUGGGAUCAUAGUAGACUUGAUCAAGCUGAAGAAAAUGUCAGGUAAAGCCAUUUUACUUGCCGGAGGUCCUGGAACAGGUAAGACAGCCUUGGCACUUGCAAUUUCGCAGGAGCUCGGCCCAAAGGUACCGUUCUGUCCCAUUGUUGGUUCUGAGUUGUACUCUGCCGAGGUGAAGAAGACGGCUGCAUUGAUGGAAAACUUCAGAAGAGCGAUUGGGUUGAGAAUUAAAGAAAUCAAGGAAGUCUACGAAGGUGAAGUGAUUGAAUUAACGCCAGAAGAAGCCGAGAAUCCACUUGGAGGCUAUGGCAAAACGAUCAGUCAUGUAGUUGUAGGCUUGAAGACUGCUAAGGGGACCAAGAACUUGAGAUUAGACCCCAGCAUCUACGAAAGCAUCCAGAAGGAGCGCGUAACUGUAGGAGACGUCAUUUACAUCGAAGCCAACACGGGUGCUGUUAAAAGAGUAGGAAGAUCCGAUGCAUAUGCCACGGAGUUUGACUUGGAGGCUGAAGAAUAUGUUCCUUUGCCUAAAGGAGAAGUACACAAGACUAAAGAAAUCAUCCAGGAUGUCACAUUACAUGACUUAGAUGUAGCCAAUUCCAGACCUCAAGGUGGCCAGGACGUGUUGUCAAUGAUGGGCCAAUUGUUGAAACCUCGUAAGACAGAAAUAACAGAAAAGUUGAGAACAGAAGUCAACAAGGUAGUCUCCAAGUAUAUUGACCAGGGUGUAGCUGAGUUGAUUCCAGGUGUGUUGUUCAUCGAUGAAGUUAACAUGUUGGACAUCGAGGUCUUCACCUACUUGAACAGAGCCUUAGAAAGCUCUAUUGCACCUAUUGUGGUUCUUGCUUCCAACAGGGGUUUAACUACCAUAAGAGGCUCUGAUGACGACUCGACAAAGGCUCCUCAUGGAUGUCCUCCUGAUUUGAUCGACAGGUUGUUGAUUAUCAGAACAUUGCCAUACAACCAGGAAGAGAUCAAGACCAUCGUAUCAAAGAGAGCUACUUUGGAAGGGUUGGCCGUGACCCCUGAUGCCUUGGAUAAACUUGCUGUCCAUGGAGUAUCUAUCUCUUUACGUUAUGCCUUGCAAUUAUUAGCACCAGCUGGCGUGUUGAGUAAGACUGCUGGCCGUUCUGAAAUCACCGUGGAUGACAUAGAAGAAUGCGAGUUGUUGUUCUUGGACUCGCGUCGGUCCAUUAAGGUCUUGGAAGAGACUAAGGGGUUUUUGUAA